GGGGUCCGUCCAUCCUGGACCCCUCGAACUGCAAAGCCGACUACCAAACUAUCAGACAACCAAUCGAAUUAUUUAUCAUUGACGAGCGAAUCUUUGUACUCUUCUCGGUAGCCUAAAUAUCUAUUGCAUCUAUUCAUUUCUUUUCUCUCUUCUUGAUUGAUACUGGGGGACAGCUAAGGCUUCAUGACGUCGUUAGACGUUGGCCUUCUGCUUCAUCCGUUGUCAUCCGACUCAUCGACUAACUACGGCUGGCUUUGACAGUCGUUAUCACAAUGAGUUCUGGCUCGACAAAUUUGGGAGGGAAGUCCCUAUCAUCUCCAGCAGCUCACAUCACAAACUCACAACCUAUCUCGGUUCCUACUCCUAACUUCGAGUCUAAUUCUCGCCGCUCUGGUCUGUCGAGCCCGUCGUUUUCAAAUUCAAUUCCGAGAAAAGGACAAGCGUCGAGGAAGCAGCACCGGAAUCAAAGAAGACCAUUGAGAGACAUCGCACCACCGGAUGAGGAUGACGCGAUGGCCGAGCUCAGUGCUUUACGAAACGCCUCAAGCCGCCGAGGGCAAACCUCCAUUACCCAUCUACUAGAUUUCUCUUCUCCAAUGCGCCACCACCACGAUUACCACCACUCUAGAUCGAGUCGCAGACAUCCUACCUGGGGACCUGGUUCCGGCUACCACUCUAUUGAUAAGGCACGAUUUGUCCAUGCCAACUAUCGCUUCGUAGUUUCGCCUACCGGAGACUACUCCUUACAAGCCGCAGAUGCCGAUAAGUAUUUGGAAUGGUCCGAUGUACUCCAGAUUAUAGCUUCGACCGUAUCGCAAUCCACCUCUUGUCCUAUAUGCCUCGAAGAUCCUGUAGCUCCCCGCAUGGCUCGCUGUGGCCACAUAUUCUGCUUACCGUGUCUAUUGCGAUUCAUGAACUCGACGAACGAUGAUGAGCCGAGCCCGCGAAAGGAGGCGCGAUGGAAGAAAUGUCCUAUAUGCGAAGACUCCUUUCGACUUUCCGAAGUCAAACCGGUCCGUUUCUAUGCUGGCCAGGAGUGCUCCUUACCAAGGCCGGGAGAAGAUGUCGUAUUGAGGUUGAUGGUUCGAGAUGCGGGCUCUACCUUGGCUCUACCAAAUGAAGGAGGUCCGGACAUCGUCAAUAUGGGCGAGGAUAUACCUUGGCACUUUGCAGCAAACGUCCUGGAUUAUGCUAGAAUUAUGAAAGGGACUAACGAGUAUGUGGUAGAACAAUACAACGAGGAGAUAGAUAACUUGCGGCAACAAGCACUGGAUGAUGAGAAAUAUUUUGGGGUAGAGGAAGGGGAUUGGACACAACGAGCUAUCAGGGCUAUUAACACAGCGAAAGACAAGAUCCGAGAACCCCUGGACAAAGAGGUGCAAGUAUUGCCGACGAGCGCUAUAAAGGCAAAGCAGCCAGCCAAGCAGCAGUUUCAUUUCUACUCAGCGCCUCCGCACCUUUACCUAUCACCACUAGACAUUCGCAUUUUAAAGACUAAGUUUGGCGAUUUCUCCAACUUCCCCUCGACGUUACUUCCACGUGUCGAGCACAUUUCUACUGGCCAUGUGGUAGAUGACGCAUUAAGGAAGCGGGCCAAGUAUCUAGGACAUAUUCCUCACGGUUGCGUUGUGAGCUUCCUGGAGUGCGAUUGGACAGACAUAGUACCUUCGGAUAUCCUAGACACGUUUUCGGACGAUUUAGAGCGCCGGCGUAAGGUACACAGGGACAAGGCGGCACAGGAAGAACGUGAGAGAUUGCAGGCGGAGCGCUUAGAGGCCUCGGCUAUCGGCCGUAGUGCUCGAAGACAUUUCGACCAGGCUAACGGAGAUAAGUUCGAUCCUACACCGACAAUGAAUUCAGAGGACUUCCAGCCGCUCGGUGCUGUCGAGGGCACAACUCCACCGAAUCCCCGGCCAGGAUUCAGCCAACUUGCGGAUAUGUCCACAAGUCCCUCGACGUCAAAAACGAUUUGGGGGACACGCGCUAUUCCUGCUUCGCCCGAACUAGCACCCGUUUCAGAAAGCGAGGUUAAUGACGGUUGGCUUAAAGAUGACGAAUUUCUCGGUGCUGCCGAUUUAGCAAUGCAGAUGGAGGCUUUCGAUCUCGACGGGGGCGGUGCUGGGUCUAGUAGUGGGCCCGGGACUAAUAGCGGGAAGAAGAAGAAGAAGCAGAAACAGAAGAUUACUCUGAUGAGCACCGGUGGCCGUCGUGGUGGCUGAGACAUGGCUGCUGGGAUCUACUCAAGCCCGCUUUUUCUUUUUUCAUGGAUCUGUAUUCGGGUCCGAGAGCAAGAGAAUUUUCGUGUGUAGCGUUGCUUCUUACGAAACCAAUGCUAUCUAGGUAUACAUUAACACACACUUGCCAUCUUCUUAAAAUUAGGAGGCGUGGCGAAGUGAUACUAGCUGUUACGGAUUAACAAGGUAAGGAGUUCAUGCGGCCUUACUCAAAUGCUCAACACAAUAUUAUUUAUCUAGGGGAGAUUUACCGGAAACUCAUAGCCUUGCUGUAAGAUAACAAUUGAUAUUUACCAUUCAUCAUUUAUCAUCUACCUAACUCAGGUAUUUAUAAUAUGUUGGUGUGAUUUCAUGGGCUGAUCUAUUAUUUGUAAAGGGGAGAAUAUAGGGGUUGGAUUAUAUGCUUAUCUUAUCUCGAGCUGAGUGAACCCCGCUAUCGCAUGUAGACUCAUACAUCUCAAGCCAUGA